AUGCCGCUCAACGUUGACUACGUGUCAGGCCAUGGGCUCCCCGCACACGCGCUCUUCGAUGCCGAACGCACGCGCCGAUUGCUCGAAGCGAAAUGGUUCUUCGUUGGCACACGCGGCGAUGUACCGAACCCCGGCGAUGUCUUCACCUUCAGCGCCCUCGAGGACGAGUACUUCCUGCUGCACUCCCCCGACGGUCAGAUCCGCGGCUUCAUCAACCGGUGCGCCCACCAGAGUGCCCGGUUGUUCCGCGGCGACACGGCACUGUGCGGUGCGAGCAUCGUGUGCCCGAAUCACCAAUGGUCUUACGAGACUGCCUCGGGCCGCCUGCACAAAGCGACGGGCAUGGGCCGCGACUACCCGACCUCACCCGAGGGCGCUCGGUCCUCACUCGACACGAUUGCCGUACGCGAAGUCGGUGGACUGAUCUUCGCCUGUCUGUCUUCGCAGCCAGACACGGCGGACAUGGACGAGAUUGCCGGGAUUCUGGCGCCCUACACCGAUCCGUUCGCACUGGGCGCCGGCGGGUACAAGCUCGCCCAUCACCAUCGAGAAGUCGUGCCAGCGAACUGGCUGCUGGUCAUGAUCAACAACCGCGAGUGCAUGCACUGUCGCGCCAAUCACAAAGGGCUAUGCGACCUGUUCGAUCCAUCGAGCUUCAACGGAGCGAUGACCACCCGCUACCGCAAGCUGUUCGACGACGCGGCCUCGCGAUGGCAAGACCUCGGUCUGGCGUGGCAGGAGCAGGCAUUCGAACCCAACGACAUGUGUCGGGUCGCUCGGUAUCCGCUGCAGCCUGGAUACUCUUCGAUCACCUUCGACGGCGCGCCGGCGAGUAAGCGCUUGAUCGGCCCGUUCGAGUCACACGACGAGAGCACCCUGUCCAUGUGGUUCAACCCGAAUGCAUGGAUCCACUUCACAUCCGACCACAUCGCGACCAACUGGGUUCUACCCCUCGACGGCGACCGCUGUGAGCUCUACAGCAGCUGGCUUGUUCGAGACGAUGCCGUCGAAGGAAUCGACUAUGACGUUGAGCACCUGACCGAGGUCUGGCGGGUGACCAACGCCGAAGACGUCGGCCUGUGUGAAUCGAUGACCGCCGGGGCGAAGUCCCGGCACUAUCGACCUGGCCCGUUCUCUCCCGACGAACGCUUCUGCAUCCAGUUCUGCGACUGGUUCAUGCAACACUCUGCCCAGCAUGUCUGA